GACAAAUCGCCGUGCCAAAUUGCGUGGCCUUUUGCACGCUUUCCGAGAUUCCAACCUGCAACUCGCUCUCCUUUCCUCGCAACUCGUCUUCCUAUAUUUCCUCUCAUGUGAUUGGUGACCUAUUGCCAGUCUCACUCUUUCAUCCAGAGCUCGAUUGUCUGCGCUGAAACCUGCUAGGUUUUAGCGCUCCCGUCAUUGAUAACGAUGGUUGAUCACGGGAAGGCCAAAUCAGACAUAUCGCUGGCCGGCACGUUCGCCAGUAGCGCGUUCGCCGCUUGCUUCGCCGAGAUUUGUACUAUCCCGUUGGAUACUGCUAAGGUUAGGCUUCAGCUUCAAAAGAAAGCAGUUGAAGGAGAUGGAGUUACUCUCCCAAAAUACAGAGGAAUGCUGGGUACAGUUGGCACAAUUGCUAGGGAAGAAGGUCUAGCUGCGCUAUGGAAGGGUAUUAUUCCCGGAUUACACCGUCAAUGUCUAUUUGGUGGCUUACGUAUUGGGUUGUAUGAGCCUGUGAAGAACCUCUAUGUGGGUAAAGAUCACGUGGGGGAAGUGCCACUUUCAAAGAAAAUACUUGCUGGACUCACAACUGGUGCUCUGGGUAUAGCAAUUGCGAACCCUACUGAUCUUGUUAAGGUGAGGCUUCAAGCUGAAGGAAAAUUGCCUCCAGGUGUCCCAAGGCGUUAUUCUGGAGCAUUAAAUGCUUAUUCUACAAUAGCGAGACAAGAAGGAGUUGCCGCUCUGUGGACUGGAAUUGGACCAAAUAUUGGGCGAAAUGCUAUAAUAAAUGCGGCUGAAUUAGCAAGUUAUGACCAAGUGAAGCAGACAAUUCUUAAGAUUCCUGGGUUCACUGACAAUAUCCUUACUCAUCUCUUAUCUGGUCUUGGAGCUGGUUUCUUUGCUGUCUGCAUAGGUUCCCCGGUCGAUGUGGUAAAAUCAAGAAUGAUGGGAGAUUCAGCAUACAAAAGUACUUUGGAUUGCUUUGUGAAGACCUUGAAGAAUGAUGGACCACUGGCAUUCUACAAAGGCUUCAUACCGAAUUUUGGCCGUCUUGGCUCAUGGAAUGUGAUCAUGUUUCUAACGCUGGAGCAGGCGAAGAAGUUUGUUAGAGACUUGGAGUCAUCUUCUACAAGUUAACAGAAGGACAAAUGAAUGGAUUCCCUCAUAAGUUAUAACAAACAAGGAGGGAGAGAGAGAGAGAGAGAUGGUCACUACAACUUUCCAUCUCACAUUAGAUCAUCACAACAUUAUUUUCCCAAGGGGAGGAGGAGCACAUGGAAUUGUCAUAAAAAUGAAGACAUGGUUUUCUUUUUGUAGUGUAUUUGGUUGUUGUGGAGCUUCUUUUCUUUUUUUCAAUUUUUUUUGGCUAAAAUGAUUUUGUUGGAUCCUCCGACAUAAAAACCACUUUAUUAUUUACGUAAUAAGAAAUCCCAGUUACCUAU